AUGGCAGCUGCAAGACCGACACAGAGCGGAGCAGGAGACUCCUUGAGUCUUCACAACGGACAGAAGUUCACCACCUUUGACAAAGACCAGGACACCUGGCCCGGUAACUGUGCCAGAUCAUUCCUGGGGGCGUUCUGGUACAACAACUGUCACUAUACAAACCCUAACGGGGUUUAUCGCUGGGGGGCUGACAGCACUAUCUAUGCUGUUGGAGUGGAGUGGUACCAUUGGAAGGGUAAUAACUACUCCCUGAAGACCUUCAGCAUGAAGAUCCGUCCUGUGCAGUAGUUCUCCAGGACCAACGUACAGCAGAAUAUCAGCAGCUGAUCUCUCUCACUUAUCUAGAACAUAAUUUCACAAGAUGUUUAGAUGGAAACAGCAUUAACACAAUUUAUAGAGGGGGAAAAGAUAAAGAAACCGUUAAAAGAAUAAAAGCAUGCGUGUCUUUCUCUGUGGAUUUUCAAAAAUUAAAGCUUCCUCAGAAAAGCCAGUCAAAAUGUAAAAUGGACAUCGAUAGUUGAUGUGAAUAUUUCCAGUUAAAAUAAGAGUUUGUUUGUGUGUGUGAGCAGCUGCUGGCUGGAAAGUCUUCAGUCAAACAGCUGUUGGUGUAGAGAAAUGAGUCUCUGCUGGUUCAGAUGUUACCUUCAGUCUGCUGGCUGCAACUAAACACACUCAGCUUUAAAGUCAAACUCACUAGUUUCAACACAACGUUUGGUGGAGGUUUGAAACCCUAAUGUGAAUCAUUAUCUGCUGUACGCUGACAAUAAAUGAGAAGCUGAGCAUGAA